AUCGCGCAAUAUACCGAACCGUUGACAUCGUGUGGUAGAUAUAAUUCCCUUUAAAAUAUUCAUAUUAGACGCUUUUUUCUGCUCAUCAACCAACAACGCAUUGAUUCGCAAUGCUCUGCUAUUUCGGUGAAAAUUGAGGAGUUCACAUAGUUUUCAUCAUAAUAAUUCAUCGCGUUUAUUAUAUUGCGGGUGUGUGAAAAGUGAAAAAAAAAACAAGAAGAAGAAUUACACAGAGAGGAAUACACUAAGGAGAAAAAAAUAACACUGACAAUCGGCACCGCCUUAGCUUGAUUUUGCCAAAAAUUUAGUGGUGUGCUGAAUUGUUGUUUUUUUUUCUUCAAGAAGACAAUGAAUUAGGUUCACAGUUAUUGAGUGACGAAAAGUGUACAUACAGUCGAUAUGUGCUGAGUGUAAUAAGCAACCAGAUAAUAACUUAAAAUAGCCAUAAAAGCGCCAAUUUCCAAAUUAAAAAAGUUUUCGGAAAAUUUGUUGCUAACCAAACAAUAAUUUAAGUGCAUGUCACAACGAAAGUAUUUAGUGCAAUGCUUGAUAUAGCCAUAAAUCUCACGUAAAAGUAAAAACUUGUGAGUUUAUUUACUAUAUAUACGCUGACCCCACUUCUAUAUGCUGAAAUUUAUGGUUCAGUGUAAAUAAAUUUUGUUUCGAACCAAGGUGCAGCCAGAGCUCAUCGAAUGCAUUUUCGACCGGAUGAAAAUCGAUCCAAAAAUGUGACACCCGAUCCUAAAAUUGGUCAGACGUUCGUUUGGCCAUUUUUAAUUCAGGGUGUUAUGGAAAAUCCAUCAUGUCCAUCGACUCCACCAGAAACCAUAUCGGCUCUGCUAUGGACGACUGUGGCUGUCUUUGGCAUAGUUUAUGCCCUUCUAGGCUAUAGAUGUUUGAGAGCUGUUGGUUUUCUGAGUGGCCUAGCGGCAGGAUGCGGAUGUAUAUUUUGGUUGCAAAACAAAGAGAUCACAAUCCUGGGCAGUCCUGCCGAUUAUGCAUUGGCAGUUGUUGCUGGACUUCUUGGUGCCGUACUUGGAUCAGCUCAUCCAAUCGCAGCGGCAUUAGUAAGUGCCAUUGCGGGAGCUCUAAUUGCUGGCGUAGCCAUGGCAAUUUGUAUAGUCACAAUGCCUGAUCAUGUGUUCGGGGAAAGAGAAGUGCUUGUCUCAAUGGGUGGCGGUGCAGUCAUCUUCGCAGUGCUAACGCUCUUAUGUGCCAAACUAAUAACCAUAGUUUCGUCUAGCAUCGUUGGCUCGGCCAUGAUUAUUUCGUCAGUAGAUUUCUUCAUGCACGGCUUAAAGACUGUUACAUGGUUCCUUCAAAUGAAACCAAAUCCACUGCCACCGCCGUGCUAUGGAGGCAUUUUAUUGUGUGCCUGGCCGGUAGCAGCUGUAGUUAGUAUUAUAGUGCAAUGUUUUAUAACAGCAUGGCGAAUUGAUCACAGUAAACGUCCACGACGGAGAAACCAAGCUCAUCGCACUCGUUCGAAUUCUCGACCGCGUGAAACUCGAGAAGAGGCUCGACAACGGAAAUACAGGUACUUGUAUCAAGUACGAACAGCACGCGGUGAUAUUAUAUCACAGAAUUACGUGUCUGCUCUACAAAAACGAAUCCAGCCCGGCACAGGACCGCCGUCCGAACAUUCAACCAAAACCAGCUCAAACGAACGAAACACACUGAACAGUGAUCGUACCCAUUUCACAAACAUUCCCGAUUCGGACGCUGACAAAAUGGAUAUUGUCCAUGAGAGAGGAUGAUUUUGACUUUCGAUUUUUUAAUUUUUUUUUGUUCUUUCUUUUCCGUUCUGUUUGUUGCGAGGACAUUUUUUUGGGAGAAAAAUUCAAUUGAAUUUACAGAAUAAAAAAAAUGUUUUUUGAAAUUUGGCGCUCCUUUAAAAUGAAUCGAACGAAAUGAUAUACCGUGUGGGAUAUUGAAAAUUUUAGUUUAGGCUAGGCGUAAUUGAAUGUGUUUUUUAAUUCAAAAUACCUCAUUUGUUGUUAUAUUUCAUUUUUCUGUAAAAGAAAAUGAAAUUUUGUUAAAACGAAAACGCUCAUUUGAUUAGCAUAAUACAAGAGAAACAAAAAUAAGAUUUCGGCACAAUUUUUUUACAUGAAGAAAACAUUAGAAUUAAGCCAAUGAAGAUGAGAAAAAGAAAUCAAAAUGAAAAUAUUUAAAAUAAAACAAAAAAAAAACAUUUUCUCGGCAAAAAUUAGAGAGAAUUUUCCAAAAAGAAAAAAAAGUAAAUUCCAAUAUUAGACGUAGUGAGUUUUUUUACUGAAUAAAAAUGACAAAAGAAUAUAUUUUGCUGAAUUUUAAAUUUAAGGAAAAUGAUGUAAACUUAUGUGAAUUAAAAACAAGGCAAAGUAAAAAGGAAAAAUCGUAAAAUUUAAAGGGACAAACCAAUGCAAAUGUAUUUUUAGCUAUAAAAUGUGAAUCUCAAAGUUAAAUUCUAAUCUUCUUUUUAAGUUUUUUUUUGUUUUUUAAGUUUCAUUCAUUUUGUUUUGUGAUUUUCUGUAAAUAGAGAGAACAGUAAAAAUAAUCUUCAAAACUUUAAACUUAAAUGAUAAAUUUAGAUAAAAGUUAAUCGAUGAUAACCAUGCACGCAAAAUAUUGAUUAAAUAAAAAAACAAAGUUAAAAAAAACAACGACAAAAUGGUCGAUAAAAAAUACGUUUAUCCUAAAAUCGUUACGAAAUUAUCAUUCAAUGAAAUUGAAAAUUCAGACAAUAUUACACCAACAAGACAAAUUUAGAAUUUGAUUUCUUACGCAAUGGUCUUAAGCUGAAAAUUAAAAAUAUUUUAUUUAAUUGUCGUUAAUUCCAUAACCAGUCAAAAGUUCCAGUAUUUCAAGAAAGACAGAAGGUCUUGCGAGCUUAUCCAAAGGAUUAUCGGUAUAAAACCAAUGCCACUUUUAUUUACAUGAUGAGGGACAAAGACUUGAAACGUAAAGUUUUCGUCUGAAUUUUGUUGAUACGAGGCGAAGCCGAGGUCAAUAAACACACUAAAAUGAGACUUUUACAUUUUAUCCCGAGUGUUGUAAUGGAUUUUACAUGCUGCGGGCGUCGAAAGUUCACGAAAUUUAAUGAAAGAAUCGUUUUUUGACACGCAAUCAUGUAGAAAAUUGGUUGAACGACUUUCAUUUUUGAGCGCAAUGAGGUCGAUACGGAAUGUAAAAUUCGAAUCGGUAUCCUAGUGAACGCGCUAAUUCCAAAUGACGAAUGAAAUCUGAAAAUUAAAAUUUUAUUGGAAGACAGGUUGAAAAUUCAAACAUUUGACUCGUCUGGGCCAGGGCUUAUUUUUGGGAUUUUUUUUUUUUCAAAAACAUUACAAAUUCUGAAAAAGCUCCGAAAAAUAUUCAUUUUUCGCAGAAAUAAUUGCCAAAUUUUUGAGAAUAAUUCGGAAUUUUCAGACUAAAAUUCCAAAAAAGCCCCGUGUCUGCCACUACAUACUUUAAAAAAAAUGUCCACAAAGAGUUCCCACCUAUUUCAGAUUUUGUGCAAUGAUUGAUGAGGCUCAAUCCCGCUAGCGCUCAAAAAUACAAGUUUUAGAAAAAACUGUUUCCGUUUCGGGUAGUGUGAGAAUAUGGCCUUUAGGAAAGGUGACAUGAAAACAGGCUCUCGAUCUCUGCUAUGGAAAAGUACGCCUAAAACUGUGAAACACAAAAUUUUUUUCCACUUUUCUCUUAGUAACAAUCCGAGCCCGAAAAUAAUAUUUUAUUUUUGUUCAAAGUUUGUCAGACCAUACAGUAAGUAUGUUAAAGCCGCAUUUGUUUUUUUCAUUAAUAAAUGUUGAAAUGAAAAAAAAAACGAUUGUAGGGUCAGGUUAAGAGAAACAUUAGACAUAAAAUGUCAGCGUGUCGUUAAAAAAAAUUAAAAACAAAACUUAACAAAAUACACUUACGACUUUGCAGAUUGCUCAUAGUUUGCAGAUUUUCUCUCCGUAGUGUUGCUACUCGGAAUUGCUGCUAAAACUUAGUCAGAUAUUAGUCAUCCGCAAUAAAAUUUAAACUUAAUGGAAAGAUUGAAAGUCAGUAAAACUGAAUUAUUUUUUAGAAAAAUAUCAGGGACGCCAUGGACGCAGAUGUCUUUUCUCGAUACAAACAAAUCGGUUUGAUAGUUAGCCUAAUUGAGUUGGAGUGUUUAUUAGAGCAAUUUAACGAAAACCUAAUUUUCGAAUACCAUUUCAGUAGAGAUCGAAACCCCAAACCCGAGUAAUGCUAAGAGAAUAGGGGAAUACCCAAGUAAAAAUAAAAGUCUUAAAGGUUCGAAAAGAGACGUCUCAAGGUCUCAAAUCCUUUGUAUUGUGAGACGUGAGACGCCUCUUUUCGAACCUUUGAGACUUUUACUCAAAAAAAUGCUCCAACUUAAUUGGCUGUCAUACAGAAAACAUUCAACUAAGGUUUCAUCAGAACUUUUCAAAUUACAAACAAAUUUUUGCAUAACAUUCAAGAGAGAAACGAUAUUUUUGAAUAGUCUACUGAGUAAGUUUUAGGGUCGGUAGUUAGACUCGUGCAUACUAUUUUAAAUUUCUAUCUGUAACGUUAAAAACCUUUCCACAAAGACAUAACAAUUUCAAUUUUCUUUCAAUACUUAUCUUGCUGAGACAGAAUGUCUCCAUUUUGAGAUUAUUAAACAACUGGAGAAAAAAUCACUGCCAACAAAGAGCAUUUACAACCAAAUCUGUAUUUCAAUCACACAUCCAGUACAUAAUUAGACAUGUACCACACUUCCACAUACAUCAUCUAAGAGUCAAGUUCGUCAUAGUUAUUCGAUUCACUCGCUCAUCCUCAAAAUUUUUCUUCUCUGCAUUUGGAAAUUCAGUUCAAACGCAGUUCUGGAAAUGAAUUUUGGAAUUUUCGGAGCUGAAUGCUGAAUUAAUGCUCAACCUAGUGGAAUAAUCUAAAGUGCUUAUCGAUGUAAAAUCAGAUGUUUUUCGUCAGUCCUUUAUGAUUGUUCUGAUUAAGAUGCAGUUAAAUUUCCUUUAAAAAACACUAGCAGAGUCAUUCAAUUUUCCGGUAGUUCUAGUAAUGACACCUCCUUUGGACAGAAUUUA